AAAAACCAAGCUGCAACACUGGAUUUAGCACAUAAGUUAAAAGCUACAUCAGAAGGUUCUAACUUUUAUCAUCACUGUUACCAGCAUCGUCAUUGUUAUCGUUAUCUUCAUCAUCAUCAUUACCACCAUUAUACCUGAUACUGCCACAACAUCAGAACAUUAUGUACAGGCACGGCAUAUCUUCCCAAAGAUCUUGGUCACUGUGGACUGUGAUCUUUACUUUUCUUGGAGUGGCAGCAAUCUUGGGAGUAACUAUUGGUCUUCUUGUUCAUUUUCUGGCAGUUGAGAAGACUUACUAUUAUCAAGGUGAUUUUCAUAUUUCUGGAGUCACAUACAAUGACAAUUGUGAAAACGCAGCUUCACAAGCCAACACAAAUCUAAGCAAAGAUAUUGAGACUAAGAUGUUAAAUGCAUUUCAAAAUUCCAGUAUAUAUAAGGAAUAUAUCAAAUCUGAGGUCAUCAAACUUCUGCCUAAUGCCAAUGGUUCAAAUGUACAGUUACAGCUGAAAUUCAAGUUUCCUCCAGCAGAGAGAGUUAGCAUGAGGACUAGAAUCAAGGCUAUAUUACAUCAGAUGUUGAAAAACAACAUGGCAUCCUGGAACGCAGUUCCCGCUUCCAUUAAACUCAAGGAAAUCAGCAAGGCUGCUUCUGAAAUGCUUACCAACAAUUGUUGUGGGAGACAACUAGCCAGCAAUAUCGUAACUGACAACAGAAUUGUGAAUGGAAAAAGUGCCCUGUUGGGGGCAUGGCCAUGGCAGGCCAGCAUGCAAUGGAAAGGCCAUCACUACUGUGGAGCCUCUCUGAUCAGCAGCAGGUGGCUAUUAUCUGCAGCUCACUGCUUUGUUAAGAAAAAUAAUUCAAAAGAUUGGACUGUCAACUUUGGAAUUGUAGUAAAUAAACCAUAUAUGACACGGAAAGUCCAAAACAUUAUUACUCAUGAAAAUUAUAGCAGUCCUGGGCUUCAUGAUGAUAUUGCCCUUGUGCAGCUUGCUGAAGAAGUUUCUUUUACGAAAUACAUUCGCAAGAUUUGUCUCCCUGACGCCAAAAUGAAGCUCUCAGAAAAUGACAGUGUUGUCGUUACAGGAUGGGGAACACUUUACAUGAAUGGUUCAUUUCCAGUGAUACUUCAAGAAGCCUUUUUGAAGAUUAUUGACAACAAAAUUUGCAAUGCCCCGUAUGCAUACUCUGGUUUUGUGACUGAUACAAUGUUAUGUGCUGGAUUUAUGUCAGGAGAAGCUGAUGCAUGUCAGAAUGAUUCUGGUGGACCACUAGCUUACCCUGAUUCCAGAAAUAUCUGGCAUCUUGUUGGAAUAGUAAGCUGGGGUGAUGGAUGUGGUAAAAAGAAUAAGCCAGGUGUCUAUACUCGAGUGACUUCUUAUCACAAUUGGAUUAUAUCCAAGACUGGACUCUGAAAGAAAAGGAAUUAUACAAAGGAACAUAAAGACAACUGCAGGCUAUCCUUAUCUGUGGCUUCAGAAUGUUUUUAUUUUGAUUGUUGGUAAACUAAUUGUUUUAUUAUAUAUAAAAAUAUAAAUGUCUUUAUUACUAUUUUGUUAUAUCUAAAACACUGUCCUUGCAUUUAUUAAUCUUUUAAAUUAAUGUAAGAGAUAGGAAGAGGCUGGGUGUAGUGCCUUAUGCCUAUGAUCCUAGAACUUUGGGAGGCCAAGAGAGGCGGAUUGCUUGAGCCCAGAAGUUUGAGGGCAGCCUGGGAAACGUGACUAAAUCUG